AUGCAUUAUCAAGAAAUAUCUUUUAAACAAGCAAAUAUCAUUAUUCUAAAAUCUGCUUAUUUAAAUUGGUAUAAAGAAAUAGAAAAAAUACGUUUAUCUCGUUAUAUCAAUAAUGAUAAAUCUGAUCGUUCAGCAAACGAAAUAAUUGAACAAAUGACUGAACAACAAAAGAAUAGUACUAAUGUUAUUUCAACAGAAAUUCUUAGAAAAAUUGCUGAAGAAACAGUAAUAUUUCGAGAAGAAGCUAAGAAAAUUAAUAUAAGAGAAGGAGAUGAAAAAUCUUAUAUUAAUAAAAAAAAAAUUCAAAAUAUAUUUAAUCUUUCACCUUAUCAAAAUAAUCCUGAAGAAUAUAUUCGAUCUUAUUUAAACGAAAUUAUUCCAUUAAUACUUUAUACUUGGUCAAUUGCUAAUAAACCUCAAUUUCCAAAAAAUAAUCAAAUAAUUGCUUUAUUACUUUUUAUUUAUAGUUAUGAAAAGGUUUAA